AUGCUCAAUGGGUUGAGCCCCCAGGCUGGCAAGAUUUGGAAGAAGGCUAAUCUAACCUUCUCCCUUGAUGGCAAAUAUAUGACUGAGACAUUCCUAAUUUGCAAUAUGGGGUCUCACGCUGCUAUCUUGGGAUUGAAAUGGCUAGAUGCCCAUAACCUGGGAAUUGAUUGGAAUACAUGCACCCUAACCUUCCCCCAUACACCUCUGGAACACAUAGCCAUUGCUGAAGAGGAGGAGGCCAACAAGAACCCUCUUGAAGGAGUACCCCUGGAAUACCAUCAGUACGCCAAGGUAUUUGGGGAGGAAGAAUUUAACAAGCUCCCUCCACACCAGCAUUAUGACAUUGGUAUUGAGCUCACUGAAGAAGGACCCCUCAACUCUCCCCUCUAUAGCAUGACGGAUGCUGAAUCCGCUACACUAAAGGAUUGGCUUAGGGACAAGUUAAAGGCAGGGAAAAUACAGCCUAGCAAGUCCUCCAUCAGUUCCCCAGUAAUGUUUGUUCCCAAAAAGGAUGGCUCCUACAACCUUAUGGCCCAGCUCCGUGGUGCUAAGGUCUUUACUAAACUGGAUCUACAAUGGGGUUACAAUAAUGUCCAAGUCAAGGAAGGAGACAAAUGGAAGACGGCCUUUUGUACCAAAUAUGGUCUCUACAAGUCUCUUGUUAUGACCUUUGGACUGACCAACGCCCCUGCCGCCUUCCAACACUUCAUGAACAAACUGUUCAAGGACCUAUUGGAUGUAUGCGUCAUCAUUUACCUUGAUGACAUCUUAAUCUACUCAAAGGAUGACGCAUCUCAUACACAACAUGUUCACAAAGUCCUACGGUGUCUGAUGGAUAACCAGCUAUUCUGCAAAGCAUCAAAAUGCAUGUUCCACGUCACAUCCGUAGAGUACCUGGGGAUUAUUGUAUUGGAUAAAGGUUUCAGCCUAGACAAGCUCAAGAUCCAGGCAGUCCAAGAAUGGCCAAUGCCCACCAAAGUUAAGGAAGUACAAUCCUUCCUUGGGUUUGCCAACUUCCUCCGCCAAUUUGUUGCCAACUUCAGUCACAUGGCUAGACCAUUACACAACCUGGUAAAAAAGGAUGCAACAUGGAAAUGGGAAGAAAGGGAAGAAGAAGCCUUCCAAGGGCUGAAACAGGCCAUCACCAACGCCCCUGUACUUUGUCAUGCCAACCCCACUAAGCCUUACUUCCUCAAAACAGAUGCAUUGGGAGCCGCCUUAGGUUCCAUACUAAGCCAACGUCAGGAUGAUGGAUGCCUACACCCUCUAGGUUUCUUAUCAGAAUCCUUCAAGGGUGCCAAGCAAAACUACAACACCCACAAUAAGGAACUCCUGGCCAUCAUCCGGUCAUUUGAAUAUUGGCAUAUCUUCUUGGAAGGAACCUUACAUCCCAUCACUGUAUUUACCAAUCACCGUAAUCUGGAAUAUUGGAAGGAAUCCUGGACCUUCAGCCGCCGCCAUGCACAAUGGCACCUUCUGCUUGCUGGGUACAACUUCCAGAUUGUGUACAGACCAGGAAAACAGUCCAGCAAACCAGAUGCUCUAUCAUGCCAAUUGGAUCACGCCAAUGUCCCUCCUGAACCCCACGUAGCCAUAGUCACGCCUGAGAAGGAACUCCAGCGCCAGAUUGAGGCCAGCCUGGACCAAGACAAAUUGUUGUGCACCACUGUGAGGUGGGCACACGCUAGUGGGAUUGGGCGCUUAAGGCCGUAA